AUGGCCGAUACUCUGAGGAGUGUGGCCGGAAGCUCCGCUAUCCAUCCACCUGCGUCUUACCCCCUUCCGCAUGUCCAUGUGUCCAAGGCGGAUGAUGAGCGAGCACAACGGCAUCCGAACCUGAAUUUGACGCCGGAAGAGAAGCGCGUAUUCUACCAGCUCUUUCAGGCCGCGGAUACGACCAACCUGGGCGUCAUUACUGGAGAGAUCGCCGUCCCCUUCUUUGAGAAAACACAUCUCCCAUCGAGUGUCCUUGGUGAGAUAUGGCAGCUUGCAGACAAAGAGAACAGGGGUCUCCUGACCCCUUCUGGCUUCGGAAUCGUUCUUCGAUUAAUCGGGCAUGCGCAAGCUGGUCGCGUACCCUCCGAUGAACUGGCUUUGCAGCCUGGACCCAUUCCUCGAUUCGACGGCAUUGUCGUCGACAACACCCCAGUGCCGCCUGAGUCCGGAACUGCGAGUCCCCCGCCUGGCGCUGGUCCUCCUGUUCGUGUGCCACCACUGCAGCCCGAAGAUGCCCACAAGUUCCUUGCCCUAUUUGAGAAGUCAGAUACUUCCAAUGGCAUGAUUUCUGGUGACAUCGCGAAACAAAUAUUUGAGCGGGCACGUCUACCCAACGAAGUUCUCGGUCGGAUAUGGAAUCUCGCGGACACGAAACAACGUGGCGCGCUCGACGCUACCGACUUCAUCAUUGCCAUGCACCUCCUCACAUCCUACAAAGCGGGAACUCUGCGCGUGAUUCCUCAGACCUUGCCACCCGGCCUGUACGAGGCCGCCGCUCGUCGUGGGACUGGGCGAAACUCCUUCAGCGCUCGUGCGAAUGCUCCCCCUGUUCCUAGUAUUCCGAAGCAGUUCAGCGGGCCCCAGCGCGCCAGCACGCCUUUGAGCCCCAACCAUACUGGCCGGCCAGCAUUCGGCGGUCCAAUGUCGGCCCAGCUUACGGGGGACUGGCUGAUCACUCCUCAAGAAAAGGCACAUUUUGACACCAUCUUCGAAACAGUUGAUACUGCCAAGCUUGGAUCGAUCACUGGGGACCAGGCCGUCGCUUUCUUCAUGAAGGCCCAGCUUCCUGAGGAGGUCCUUGCCCAGAUUUGGGACCUUGCUGAUAUCGAUGCCGACGGCCAACUCAAUCGCGACGAGUUUGCUGUGGCCAUGUAUCUGGUAAGAUUGCAGCGAAGCGGAAAGGAGCCCCUUCCACAAGUGUUGCCUCCCGCGCUCAUUCCUCCCAAAAUGCGUCGCCAAGCUCCUGCGCCCGCCAUGGCUCAGGCGCAAGCUCUUCCACCUGCGCCCGCACCUGCGCCCGUGCCUGUUCCGCGAUCUGCUGCGGAUGACUUGUUCGGUCUUGAUUCCCCGCCACCACCAGUAGCCCAGACUCAGUUUCCCCAGAGCACAGGUGGCUCGAACGCUGCCUUCCAGACGCCGGGAUCCCCGGCCUCCAGAGCCUCGCCCAAUGUUUCAGCCACUCAGUUCAAGCCUUUCAUUCCAACAUCGAGCUUUGGCCAGACUCUGCAACCUCAGAUGACCGGAGCCUCCACAGGAACGCCAGCUCCCAUCCGCUCGCCGCCUCCUCCGUCCGACGACUUGCUCGGGGAUAACGACCCUGAGGAGUCCAGGAAGCUGACUCAGGAAACUAGUGAUCUUGCUAAUCUUUCCAACCAAAUUGGCUCAUUGGCUAAGGAGAUGCACAACGUGCAGGAAAAGCGCACAUCAGCCGAGCAGAGUCUCUCGCAGACCUCUCAACAGAAGCGCGAUUUUGAAUCGCGUUUAGCCCAGGCGCGUGCCAUGUACGAACAGGAAGUUGCCAAUUUCAAGGCCCUUGAGGAGCGCCUCCGAGUCUCUAGAGCUGAGACUGCAAAGUUGCAGCAAGAGUAUGCCUUGAUCGAAGGAAGCCGCCAAGAUCUACAGACCCAAUACAGUCAGGUUUCUGGCGCACUUGCUUCCGACCAGCAGGAGAACGCUAGUUUGAAGGAGAAGAUCCGUCAAGCCAACGCCGAGGUCGCUCAACUGAAACCAGCCUUGGAAAAGGCCCGCUCAGACGCCCGUCAGCAAAAGGGUCUCGUCGCUAUUAAUAAGAAGCAGCUGGCCACCGUCGAGGGCGAGCGUGAGAAGAUACAAGGCGAAAUUGAUUCCCUGGCCAAGGAGACGUCCCACUCGACCGAGUCUGCCACGCCUGUUAGCGCCCCGGUGGACAUCACCAGUCCAGCGCUGUCUACAGCCAGCCAGAAUACCAAUCCAUUCUUCCGCCGACCCACCACAUCUACUUCGAGCGAGCGUGCGGUCUCUCCGGAGGCAACAACAGAGCAACAAAAGGCCUUUGACAACCUCUUUGGCCAGUCAUUUGCGUCUCCCUCUACCGCAGGACCCCCUCCAACAUCAUUCCGUGCAGAGUCGCCGCUUGCCGCAAAGUCGCCGGUGACUUCGAAUGUUCCAACCCCGUCUGCUUCUCCCGCGCCCGCGGUCUCCGUGCCAGGCGCUUUCCCCGGUGCAGCUUUUGAAACUCCGUCCUUUGGCCAACCCGACCAGCUUACUCCAGGCUUUCCUCCCCUCGCAGACCAUCAGUCUGUAACUUCGUCUACCGUCGUAUCACCGCCCGCCAGUCGCUUUGGCGGCCCUGAUACCUCAGGCAUCGCGACACCUUCACAAGACGCCAGCGAUCGGGCCGGUUCACCAUCAGUCACCGGGUCUAGUGACUAUAGCAGAGCUCCACCUUCCGCUAUAGACGACACUUCUGCUCGUUCACCCUUCGAUGCACCGGCGGUCGCUGCCGGUGCAGAGCAACCCCCCUCAGCAAUUUCGCCCAACGUCACUGGUAAUCAAGAGUCCGCAAAGGAUCUGUCCUUUGACGAGCUUUUUGGAAGCAAGGCCCACAAGAGAUCUGAAUCCCAGAAAGAGAAUGACUUUGAGGAGGCUUUCGCUUCCAUGGCCCACAAGUCGGGUGAGAAGCCCAACGGCCCAUCCGCGGUGGCCGCCUCAUCAUCCGAAUUCCCUCCCAUCCAAGAGCUGGAUCACGGCGAAGAUGACGACGAAAGCUCUGACGACGAAGGUCGCUUUGGUUUCGACGAUAACUUCAGCCCGGCUUCUCCUUCCAGUCCGCAUGCAGAAAAACCAGCUGAUUCAAUCGAUGCUGCUCGCAUUGCCCCCGUUCCGACCCCAAUGUCCGCUCCUCCGCCGGCCGCUGAUGCUCAGUCGAGUCCGCCUCAGUACGAAGCUAGCACAGCUGGAGAGAAGACCAGCUUACCUGCUGAAUAUAGCGGAUUACUGCCCGAACGUACCGAUCCCACCGCUGCCGCAGAUGCACCUCACUCUGUUGAAUCUGGGACGGGGGCUCCGGUAGUCACGAGCGAGUCUCAGCACAAACCCGGCCCUGAAUCCUCUGGACCUACAUUGUCCGGAGGGGCAAAAACUGGCGGGCCUGAUUUUGAAGCUGCUUUUGCUGGCCUCGAUCUCGCACCGGCGAAGGAAGUCGACGACGACGAGGACGACGAGUCUGACGAGAUCUCUAAUAACAAGGGAGCCCAUGACUUUGAUUUCUCGUUUGACUCGCCAUCGCAGGCCCCUCGUGGUGCCUCUUCUGGCGUCGAUGCCAACAACGCUGGAUCUGCAAACUUCUUCUCGUUUGACGAUCAUGCUUCGACUACCCCCGCUCAUGCGACCACUACCGCUACCACCAAUGGAGGUGAAACCAAGGAGACUGGCCAUGACUGGGAUGCCCUCUUUGCUCCCCUAGAAGGUGCCAAGGCUGCGCCUGAAGAAGCUACUAGUGGUACGAAUGUCAAAUCACCUGGCUGGGCCCUUGGCACCGAUAAUGGGGAAGACGAUCUUCUUUUGCAGCGAUUGACAGGCAUGGGUUUCCCUCGUGACGAUUCACUCGCAGCUCUUGAGAAGUUUGAUUACAACAUUGACAAGGCUGUCGACUACUUGACCUCCAAGGCUUAA